UAUUUUUUGUGUGUGUGAAUUUCCAGACGCGUGCCGUCUGUUACAGCAAUAUUUAUAAACAAUUAUAUUUAAUAAACAAAAAUUAAUAAUGGCUGAUGUUUUGGAUAUUGAUAAUGCCGAGGAGUUUGAAGUUGAUGAUGAGGGUGAUCAGGGAAUUGCCAGAUUGAAGGAAAAAGCAAAAAAAAGAAAAGGAAGAGGACAUGGUGCUGAACUUGUGUCAACAAGAGAUGAUGUUGGUCAUUAUGAAUCAAUGAAUGUUGUUGAGGAAGAUGACAAUGAACCUGGUCCACAAAGAUCUGUUGAAGGAUGGAUUUUAUUUAUAAAUUCAGUUCACGAAGAAGCACAAGAGGAUGAUAUUCAAGAUAAAUUUUCAGAAUUUGGUCAAAUUAAAAAUUUACAUUUAAAUCUUGACAGAAGAACUGGUUUUUUGAAAGGAUAUGCUCUUGUUGAGUAUGAAACAUUUAAAGAAGCUCAAGCUGCAAAAGAAGCACUAAAUGGCAGUGAUAUUUUGGGACAAGCUAUUUCUGUUGAUUGGUGUUUUGUCAAAGGACCCAAAAAGCUAAAAAAAAGAAGUCACAGAAGACGAUGAUUAUUCAAUUAACAACACCACGAUCAUUCUCAAAUCAACAAUAUCUUCUUUAUCAAAAUAAUAUUCUGUAUUUAUUUAAUCAACAUUCAUAAUUAAUUAUUGUUUAUUUUAUUUGUCAUCAAGUGGAGGGUAUUAUAAA